ACGUGUGUGCGGGGCCGGCGCGCGCCCCGGCUGCUCGUGCUCUGCCCGCGAAGGCCCCCGAGCCUCCUAGACCCGGCCCAUCCAUCCCUCCGAAUCCCGGCAGGCGAGGGCUCUUCCAUGUUUCCCACCCGGGGACGGGGCGGCGGGGCCAGGGCGGCGCCGUGGGAGGCGGAGCCGGGAGGGGUGGCCCUGGGCGUCCGGAUAAGAGUGCGGCGGGAGGCACGCCGGGGCCCCGCGCAGUGGGGAGCGGUGGCCCCCGCGAUGUCGCUAGUGUUGCUGAGCUUGGCCGCGCUGUGCUGGGGUGCCGUGACCCCGGAGCCGACGAUUCGGUGUGGCUCUGAAAUGGGACCAUCUCCAGAGUGGAGAGUCAAACACAGACUGACCCCAGGAGACUUGAGAGAUCUUCGAGUGGAACCUGUUAAAAGCAGUAUUGCAAUGGAGGACGAUUCAAUUUUAAUGAACAUAAGCUGGAUACUCCGGGCAGAUGCCAGCAUUCGCUUGUUGAAGGCCACCAAGGUCUGUGUGACAGGCAAAAGCAACUUCCAGUCGUACAGCUGUGUGAGAUGUAAUUACACAGAGGCCUUCCAGACUCAGACCAGACCCUCCGGUGGCAAAUGGACGUUUUCCUAUAUUGGAUUUCCUGUAGAGCUGAACACACUCUAUUUCAUUGGGGCCCAUAAUAUCCCCAAUGCAAAUAUGAAUGAAGACAGCCCCUCCAUGUCUGUGAAUUUCACCUCACCAGGCUGCCUAGACCAUGUAAUGAAAUACAAAAAAAAGUGCAUCGAGGCGGGAAGUCUGUGGGAUCCAAAUAUCACUGCUUGUAAGAAGAAUGAGAAGACGGUAGAAGUGAAUUUUACAACUAGUCCCCUUGGAAACAGAUACAUGGCUCUUAUCCAAAGUAACAUUGUAAUUGGGACGUCUUUUGUGUCUGAGCAGAAUCGAGUAACCCGAACUUCUGUCAUAGUUCUUGUGACCGGGGAAAGUGAAGGUGCUGUGGUCCAGUUGACUCCAUAUUUCCAUACUUGUGGCAAUGACUGCAUCCGACGCAAAGGGACUGUUGUGCUUUGCCCACAAAUGGGUGUUCCCUUCUCUCCGGAUAAUAACAGCAGCGUGUUGAGUGGCUGGAUACCUCUCCUCCUCCCAGCGCUGCUGGUGGCCACAUGUGUGGUGGCAAUUGGGACCUAUCUAAAGUGGAGGCACGAAAAGAUCAAGACUUCCUUCUCUUCUGCCAUGCUACUGCCCCCCGUUAAGAUUCUUGUGGUUUACCCAUCUGAAAUAUGUUUCCAUCACACAGUUUGCCACUUCACUGAAUUUCUUCAAAAUCAUUGCAGAAGUGAGGUUAUCCUUGACAAGUGGCAGAAAAAGAAAAUAGCCGAGAUGGGUCCUGUGCAGUGGCUUACCACCCAGAAGAAAGCGGCGGAUAAAGUCAUCUUUCUUCUUUCCAAUGAUGUCAAUGCCAUGUGCGAUGGUUCCUGUGGCAAAAGCGAGGGCAGCCCCCGUGAGAGCUCCCAAGACCUGUUCCCCCUUGCUUUUAACCUCUUUUGCAGCGAUCUGAGAAGCCAGACCCAUCUGCACAAAUAUAUGGUGGUCUAUUUCAGGGAGGCUGAUUCCGAAGAUGAUUACAGCGCACUCAACGUCUGCCCCAUGUACCGCCUCAUGAAGGAUGCCACCGCCUUCUGCACAGAACUUCUCCAUGUUGAGCAGCAUGUGUCAGCAGGAAAAAGGUUUCGAGCUUGCCACAGCAGAUGCUGCUCCCUGUAGCCCACCCAAGAGAAGGAGAGAACUUGAAGCCGUAUACUACUCCUCCAGUUAUGGAGGAUGGGGGGAAGCAUCUGUGAUGAUUGUGCCGUUUACGUGUAGGGAAGAUUAUACACCUGCUUUAGCAUUAGGAAUAGGGAGGGCUCAUAACUGAACACGUAUGCCUUAGUUCAGUAAUUAAAAUUUCUAUACCAUUAAAACUGUUACAAAUAUUACGAAUUACUGUUGAAUUAACUAAACAAUGGAAACUAAAUUUAUAAUUAUAAAGCUAAGUCAAUGUCAUACCUAAAAAUAAGGAAUCGUUAUAAUGUAAAGCCAUGACCAUUCUGACAAUGCAAUGAUAAAGCAUUUUCCAGCCCAACAUCCAGUCUUAGAGUCCAUGCCCUGCACUGUAGGUAGGUUUAGCACUGUAAUAUUGUUUAAUUAACGAAUGCCAAAUUUAAGUCCUAAUUCCCUCAGUAACUUUUUAGGUAAAAAAAAUUCCCUCUAUAACACAGUAUUUUUAAGAUAACAAAAAUAGGGAAGAACAAGCUGAACCUAUCUUUGCUGAUCAGAUGACCUAGUAUGUGUAACCACUUGUUUUACUUGGUAUUUUCAUAGGACCUUCCCUCUCUGAACUCGACUCAUGUCCUAUUUGUCUCUUGUACAGGUGACUUUAAUGAACACCAAGAUACAUUACUUGCAGAACUGAUGUCUUUUUCCCGUUACCUCUUAGAGAUCACUGUCAAAGUUCGGUUUCUUGGUUAUCACA